AUGUCGACCAAGCUCAAUAUUAUCCUUGGCCUGAUUUUCUUCACCGUUUCAUCAUUUUCCGGCGACUGUAGAACUCUUUCCGAGAAACAUAAGCAUAACUCUUCAUCUCUUUACGGGUUUAAUGUCCAAGAUCCGAUGCGUUUCAGUUCGGUUUCUUCUCCCACAAGCAAUGAUUGCGGUUUCUCCUCCACAGAAAAUGAUCCUGCCAAAGAUCAUACAGGAGAAUCGGUGAAGCUUCAGUUAAGGCGCCGGGAGAUUAAACGAGGAACAAAGAGAACAACACAUUCAGCUGUUGAUCUCAAAAUCCAAGACCUCACAAGGAUUCAGACGCUUCACGCACGAGUCAAGAAAACGAAGAACCAGACAUACGAGAAGGCGAAGAAGAAGGUUACCUCGAAUAGUACUCCAGAGGCUUUAUCGGGGCAGCUGGUGGCAACGCUUGAGUCCGGUAUGACGCUUGGUUCUGGUGAAUACUUCAUGGAUGUGCUUGUGGGCACACCACCAAAACACUUCUCGUUGAUUCUUGACACAGGGAGUGACCUAAACUGGCUCCAAUGCCUUCCCUGUUACGAUUGUUUCCAACAAAACGGUGCGUUUUAUGACCCGAAAAAGUCGGCUUCAUUCAAGAAUAUAACAUGCAACGACCCUAGAUGCAGCCUCAUCUCAUCACCAGAACCUCCAGUACAGUGCGAAUCGGAUUACCAAUCAUGCCCUUAUUUCUAUUGGUAUGGAGACAGAUCGAACACGACUGGAGAUUUCGCGGUUGAGACCUUCACCGUUAAUCUCACGACCACCGAGGGAGGAAACUCAGAGUACAAGGUGGAAAAUAUGAUGUUUGGGUGUGGCCAUUGGAACCGAGGUCUCUUCAAUGGUGCUUCAGGUCUGCUUGGGUUAGGAAGAGGACCUCUUUCGUUUUCUUCUCAGCUUCAGUCUCUCUACGGACAUUCCUUUUCCUAUUGCCUUGUCGAUAGAAACAGCGACACCAAUGUAAGCAGCAAAUUGAUAUUUGGAGAAGACAAGAAACUGUUGAACCAUCCAAAUCUAAAUUUCACUUCUUUUGUGGACGGGAAGGAGUAUUCUACGGAGACAUUUUACUAUAUACAGAUCAAAUCCAUUCUAGUCGGUGGCGAAGCUCUAGACAUACCUGAAGAAACAUGGAACAUAUCAUCAGAUGGUAGUGGUGGAACCAUUAUUGAUUCGGGUACAACCUUAAGCUAUUUCGCAGAACCUACAUACGAGAUCAUCAAAAACAAGUUUGCAGAGAAAGUGAAAGAGAAGUACCCGGUGUUUAGAGAUUUCCCGAUCCUUGAUCCUUGCUUCAACGUGUCUGGCGUAAAGAAGAACAGCAUCCAGCUACCUGAGCUCGGGAUAACUUUUGCCGACAGCGCUGUUUGGAAUUUCCCCGCAGAGAAUUCCUUCAUCUGGUUAAGCGAGGAUUUGGUUUGCUUGGCGAUUCUAGGAACUCCUAAAUCCGCUUUCUCAAUCAUCGGAAACUACCAACAACAGAAUUUCCACAUACUCUAUGAUACAAAGAAGUCUAGGCUAGGCUUUGCACCAACAAAAUGUGCUGAUAUAUAA